GUAAGACUUGACGUGCAAUUGUCUCUCCUUGCAAGCCUACUCAAGAGAAACGUGAGCGGAUUUACUUCGGAAGGGGUUGAAGGGAAGGCGGAAUUUGCUUCGAAGAGAAGUGAAACGCUCGGGGAAUAUCAGGUUUCGAAUCACGAUCUCUCUUUUCUGCUUAGAAGGGAAAUUGUUUGGGAGUUGUUGAUGGGGUCAACUGGCGAAUCAGAGGGGAAACCAAAUUGCAGCAGACCUCCAGCAAUCCGAUUCAUAGAACAUCUAAAAAAAUCUGCCAUUUCCUACAAGACAUAUCAAGCCAUUGUGCUAAUAGUAACGUUCUUUGCAUACUUGACGUACCAUGCCACUAGGAAAACCACCAGUGUCGUCAAAAGUGCUCUUGAUCCCCAAUCCCCUGAUACAGAAUUGAAAUCUUCCAUCUCAUGGACAAGGUUCUAUGCACAAAAGCCCUUAGAAACCACCCGGGGCUCAUGGGUGCUGGGCUCCGGUUGGGCACCAUUCAACGGCGUCGAUGGAACUGCAUUGCUCGGUGAGCUCGACGUGUCUUUCCUUUUCGUAUAUGCUACAGGGAUGUACUUCUCCGGACACGUGGGAGAUCGUAUGAAUCUGAGAAUAUUUCUAACAAUUGGGAUGAUUGGAACUGGGUUGUUCACUGCCCUCUUUGGAGUUGGAUACUGGCUGAGCAUCCACAGCUUUUAUUACUAUCUGGUCGUCCAAAUGCUUGCGGGAUUGUUCCAAUCCACUGGAUGGCCUUCGGUUGUCGCAGUUGUUGGCAAUUGGUUCGGCAAAAAGAAGAGAGGGCUAAUCAUGGGCAUUUGGAAUGCUCACACUUCUCUUGGCAACAUAACUGGCUCUGUCGUUGCUUCUGCGUUGUUGAAGUAUGGCUGGGGCUGGUCGAUGGUCGUCCCCGGUUUCGGAAUUGCGCUUGUUGGCCUUGCGUUGUUCUUGCUCCUGCCUGUAAGCCCUGAAUCUGUCGGAGCUACUAUUGACAAUGAUGAAUGGCUGUCGCCGAGGAAAGAAGGGGAUGAAACGACAGAGCCUCUCUUGAGAACAAAAUCGGAGGAAAAGGAUGCUGUUGGAUUCCUUGAGGCGUGGAGAAUCCCCGGGGUUGCCCCGUUCGCUCUGUGCCUCUUCUUCGCCAAAUUAGUCGCGUAUACGUUCCUCUACUGGCUUCCGUUCUACAUUAGCCACAACGCCAUCGAGGGUCGGUAUCUGUCGAAUGAAGAGGCUGGAAACCUCUCGACGCUGUUCGAUGUCGGAGGCGUCGUCGGAGGGAUCCUCGCCGGCCACAUCUCGGAUCGCCUCGACGCGAGGGCGAUAACGGCUGCUAGCUUCAUGUACUGCGCCAUUCCAGCUCUCUUCUUCUUCAGAAGCUACGGGCACGUAUCGAUGACUCUCAGCAUCGUGCUGAUGCUGAUCACGGGAAUGUUUGUCAACGGACCCUACGCCCUGAUUACCACGGCCGUCUCGGCUGACUUGGGCACGCACAGCUCGCUUAAAGGCAAUGCGCGCGCACUGGCGACGGUCACUGCCAUCAUAGACGGCACAGGCUCCAUCGGGGCUGCCAUUGGGCCGUUGCUGACGGGAUACAUUUCAGCCAAGAGCUGGAGCGCCGUAUUCACGAUGCUAAUGGUGGCAGCCCUGAUCGCGGGUCUGCUACUGACGAGGCUCGUCGUGGCUGAGGUGGCUGACAAGAUCCAUCGGCUGACGACUACGACGACGUCUCAAGACCUUCCCGGCUCGAGACCUCCGGCGACGGAAGAAGUCUGAUCGGGGAACAUUUCUGCUUAUGUUAUAUAUAUAUAUAUUCGUCGCGGCGCUUAAUUUUAAAGCGUUUGCGGCGGCAGAGGGAAGCGUUGUAAUUUGUAUAUGCCUCCUCGCCGCCGCCGCCACUGCCGCCGGAACAACGGCGUAGUAGUGUUUUGUGUAUGAUUAUAUAUGUGUGACAUUCUUUUUUUCCAUUAUAGAGAGGGGGGUGGUGAUUGUA